UUUCCCUCGUAUGACCUUUCUCUUAAUUUCUUCCUCACAAAUAGCACGAAAAUGGAGUUGUUUCUAUUGAAAGGAAAAGAAAGGAGAGGAAAUGACUGAAAUACUAUCUCAGAAACGAUCAGGAAAAAUCUGAUCCUUUUCUCCUCUGGAUUAUCUUUAGUUAUAAGUGCGCCGGAUUUGUUGAUUUUAUGUUUACAUUCUCAUCGCCGGAUUAAUUUUGAUGUUCAAACGGUGCUAUUAUAUUUCUCGAUCCUACGGUUUGAGCCAUUGUGCAUGCAUAAUUUGUGUUAUAGCGAAGAAAGAAAAAACAUCAUAUUUCGUAAAUCAUGAAGACGCUGGCGGAUGGGAUACAAGAUCUAAUCCGGGAAGCCAAGCUUCGGACGGUGUGGUGGAUGCUGUGUAUUUUCGCUGUGACUUAUUGCUUGACGCAUACUAGUAAAUCCAUGCUAAUGAAUAUUCCAAUAGCUGUACUCUUGGUUGCUGGGCUGAGGAUACUAUUUAAUGAGGUGGACUUCCAGUGGAAGAUUCGGAAUACCCGAGCAACAUCUUACUUGUCACACUUAGAAAAGAAGCAGCUGUCCGUGAAUGAUUCUCGGCUUUCUACCAAGCCCCCCUCGCCACAAGAAUGGAAGAGAAAAAUAGACUCCCCUAUUGUAGAAGCUGCUAUUGAGGAUUUCGUAAACAAGGCUCUGCAUGAAUUUGUGAUAGAUUUGUGGUAUUCAGAGAUUACACCUGACAAGGAGGGGCCAGAGCUCAUACGUGCCAUAAUCAUGGAAGUUCUUGGCGAUGUAUCUGGAAGACUCAAAGAAGUGAACCUUGUUGAGCUCCUAACAAGGGAUAUAGUAGACCUAAUUGGGGAUCAUAUUGAUCUCUUCAGAAGAAACCAGACUGCUAUUGGAAGGGAUGUCAUGGGCACAUUGUCUUCUGAGGAACGGGACGAAAAGUUGAAACAACACCUCAUGGCCUCCAAGGAGCUUCACCCUGCUUUGAUAUCUCCAGAGUGUGAGUACAAGGUAAUUCAGCAGCUCAUGGGUGGGCUUUUAGCUGUUGUGUUAAGACCAACUGAAGCUCGAUGCCCAAUAAUUCGAUGCAUUGCUCGUGAACUCUUAACUUGCUUGAUCAUACAACCUCUUGUGAAUUUCGCCAAUCCAGUGUAUAUCAAUGAGGUGAUUGAAUAUAUAAUUGCACUCUGCACCGAGUGGUUCAAGAAUCUUGCCAAUGCUCGAUCAACUAAAAGGGCAGCUCGCAACUCCGGUCAAACAGUCCCUGGUGAACAUAGUUCCAGCAACCAAGGGACUGGCAUGCCUCCAUCUCAGUUCAAUGAUAACAAGGAGCUAGAGUUGGGUGCCGCUGGAAAUUCCCAAUCAACAACAACGCAGGAUGAGCAUAUUCAUCCACGGUCGGCUGAGUGGGCCAAAGUGUUUGAGGCUGCAACUCAGAGAAGAACAGAGGUUCUUGAGCCUGAAAAUCUUGAAAACAUGUGGACUAUAGGAAGAAACUACAAAAAAGACUUCCAAAAGAAGGCUGCAUCAGAACUUCAAGCCCCUGAACUUACAAGUUCAGUUGGUGUCAUAUUUCCUAUAAAAGAGUCUGUGCCUGAUAUCCAAACACAAGAUAAAGGUCAACCAAGUUUUGAUAUCUCAAGCAGGUCACAGGAUCUCGAGAACAAUGUGUGUCAAGGGAGAGGAGGCUCUAACAAUAAUGAACUAGAGAAUAAUGCUAGUGUUCUUAAACAUGCAAAUAGUAGAAAAUUUAAAAGAUCAAACAGCAUCUCUCAUUUGGAAGUUAGACCAAAAUUGCAACCUAUAAUUACUAAUGUCAAAGAUCUUACUCCAGACGGCCAGAGGGGUUCAGCCAAGGCAUCACACAAUGAAGUUCUGUAUGUUCCAAAGCUCAGAUGUAAGGUUAUUGGAGCAUACUUCGAGAAAAAUAGAUCAGAUACCUUUGCAGUUUACUCGAUUGCUGUGGCAAGUGCUGACAACAUCCCUUGGUUUGUGAAAAGAAGAUAUCGAAAUUUUGAGAGAUUGCAUAGACAUCUUAGGGACAUUCCUAAUUAUACAUUGCAAUUGCCUCCAAAAAGGAUAUUCUCUUCUAGCAUAGAAGAUUCGUUUGUUCACGAGCGUUGCAUUAAGCUUGACAAGUAUCUCCAAGAUCUCUUGUCAAUUCCAAAUGUUUCAGAGCAACAUGAAGUAUGGGAUUUUCUGAGUGCCUCAUCUCAGAAUUACUCAUUUGGGCAAUCGUCUUCAGCGAUAACAUCUCUGGCAGUUAAUGUGGAUGGUGCUAUGGAUGAUAUUGCACGCCAGUUCAGAGGGGUUUCUGAUGGCCUAAUGAGGAUAGUGGCUAGGUCACCGUCCUCUACUUCUGAGCCACCAUCUUCAUUUGCAACCAGAAAUGUGGCCUGGCAUGCUGAUGAUGUGAAUAAGUUGUCUAUGAAAUCAAAUACUGAUCCAUAUAAUAGUUUUUCUGAUAAUGAGGAAGGUGAUAAAGAUAUAAUCCAUGGACAACAAGAACCAGAAAACUCUUCCCAUGUGAAUGGAGGGCACUUUGACAAUGAACUAAAAGAUGAUCCAACAGGGGUGCCUCCAGAGUGGACACCGCCAAAUUUAAGUGUUCCGGUUCUGAACUUAGUUGACAAUGUCUUCCAGCUCAAAAGAAGAGGGUGGUUAAGGAGGCAGGUCUUUUGGAUAUCAAAGCAAAUAUUGCAUUUGAUCAUGGAGGAUGCCAUUGAUGACUGGCUUUUGAGGCAUAUCCAGUGGCUCCGGAAAGAGGAGGUUAUUGCGCAAGGGAUUCGAUGGCUCCAGGAUCUUCUGUGGCCCGGUGGAAAAUUCUUUCUGGCAUUGCGCAUCCAAGCAAAAAUUAAUAAUGACAAUAAGGGAUCACAAACUACAAGCCAACAAAGCGGGAGGAAUGCUGCUCAACCUCCAUCUUUCGAGCAACAGCUUGAGGCGGCUCGCAGAGCUAGUGAUGUGAAAAAGAUCAUCUUCGAUGGUGCUCCAGCUGCCUUGGUCAGCAUGAUCGGCCGUAAGCAAUACAAACGUUGUGCUAGAGAUAUAUACUAUUUCAUUCAGUCUACAAUUUGUUUGAAGCAACUUGGGUAUGCGAUCCUGGAGCUAGUUCUGAUAACAAUAUUUCCAGAACUGCGUGAGCUGGUGAGGGAUAUCCAUGAAAAGAUGCAUAUGCAGCACCCACACUAUUGAAUUUUGUUUUAUGUCAAGGAUUAGUGUAGUAUUGAAUUUUGCUGCUAAGUUUUCUUACAAAAAAUAUAGUACUAGUUCAAUAUUUUUUUAGGUAUUUUUUUUUUUUGAGAAAUAAUCCUGUUGCGAUUAUAUUUUCAUAAACAAGAUGUACUUCACUUUGAAGAUAUUUUAUGGUAAUUUUUUCUUAAUGGAAUUUCAGAGUAGGUCCUAUUUGAAUCUGAUUUCUCUUGAGUCCAACCUUGAAAAUACACAUUGAAGCUCAUCUAAAUGAGAGCGAAGCAGGAAUUAUGAGUCGAACAAAAGCAUAAAUAUGCGACCAAGAAAUUGGAAUUUGUUUUAAUGAAGAGAGCAGAAUGUAGGACGAUUUUUGAUGGUAUAGGGUGGCCGUGCCGCAGAAACCAAUAACACCAACUUGAUGGAGCCUCAGCCUCAGCCUCAGCCUGAAUGCCACUUGUUAUUUUUCAGUUUCAAGACAAGAAACAGUAUUCCUCAUUGCAUUUUGACUACAACUUAAAUUACUAACGUCAGUGGAUAUCUAUAAAUUGUUAGUGCGUGGUGCAUGUGUUUCCAUUACGCUGACGCACACAAAAUGAACACGCAUCGAUUAUAUGUAUAUAUACCCCAUUCUCAUUCAUAUCUUAGCUAAAUUCAGGUGAUGCAACUCGAAUACAGGCGUCGCUAAUUUGACCUACUCAUUACAGCACAGGACCAAAUCGCCACCGUAGCUAGAAAUAGAAAUAACAAUACCACCAUCCUUAUGGAUUGGUGACUAGUUUAGCUAACCAUAAAACUCAGAGCUGGAUUUGUUUUAAUCCAAUAGUUGCAAGAGGGUCAUGUGCACCUGGACUCGAAAGCUCCUCAUAAUCAAGUGACUGCCUCCUUUGUGUUACCUUUCUGCCAAAAGCUAUGCAGCAACAUGUCAUAAAUACCAAAAUUGAAGAGAGAAUCCAGCAGAACUGCAAGUUGGCCAACGCCCUCGCCCUCGAUUCAGCCUCCUUUGUCUCACAUACAACUGCUCCGUGCAUCAUGCUGCUGCUCGGACUCAUUGCCUGCGUUGUACACCCUUGUGCUACAAAAUCAGGAAGCCAUAGCAUGAACCCCAUGUUUAUGAACCAACAUCCUUGGAAGACAACCGAUGUUGAAAGAAUUAGCGCUGCAGGAAAGCUGGACGGGGAAGCAGUUGCAUACAAAGCUCCCAGAAACGAAACACAAACUAUAAGCUGCAUCAGCCAAUGGUAAUGGCCUUCAAGCCCAACGUGAUCAGUGGAAUGGUAAUGAAGUAAGAAUAGCUCCUGCCCAAAAAUCGAGGCAACAAGGACACAGGAAACCCCUAACAUAGUUUCAGAUAAAUGACUCAACUCAGUAUAAAGAGUGAAACUUGCAAAUAUAACUAGCUGGAAGAACAUGGUAGCAUGUUCAACAUUGUCAAGCUCGAAGAAGAAGUGAGGGUGUUGAAUGUCUACUAUCUGGAUCAGAAUCGCAAAUAAAGAAAAAAACAGGAUAAGUAUGAGCUCGAGGUGCUCUAGCAUCCGAAGUGAACACCUCAGUGGGUACCAAAACCUUAACAUAAACUUGCAAGAGCCUUUCAGAAAGUAACUGCGCAGGAUGUUUGUAAUGUGCCAUAGACCAAGAGAAGCAAGGGCCAGCCCAGGCACUAGAUGACCGAGAAAAGUUCCCAUUGGUGUUUCGUAAAUUUCGAUACAAGGAU